CUAGAAACUAAAAAAGAGAAAAAAAUGAACUGUACCAAUCUAAUUAACUCUAAAUAUUUCAUUGAAAGCAUAAUAUUAUCGGAUAAUAUUAAUUCAUCCAUGUGUACAAGUUUAUAUGCAUUUUACCUCUCGUCACGCGAAUAGAAGAGACGAAUACGAAUACAAAUAUGAAUACGUACACGAGUACGAAUAAGAAUACGAAUACAAAUACGUACAGGAAGAGGCAGAGAAGAGAAGUAUUAGUAGUAGUAGUAACAGUAGCAGUAGUAGUAGUAGUAGAAGAAGAUGAAGAAGAAGAAGAGAUAGCUCACGAAAAGCAGAAGCGGUAGGGGCUAGAAGGCUUUGCCAGUGGCGUUAUAACCACCCACUGACUAGUUUUGCCCGGCAACUCAAAACGAAUAGCACGUCGUCGUCGUCGUCGUCGUCGUCGUCGUCGUCGUCGUCGACGUAGUCAUCGUCGUAGUCAUCUUCGUCGUCGUCGUCGUCGUCGUCGUCGUUGUCGUAGUCGUCUUCGUGUAGAAGCUUUUCUCGGUGUUGUGUUCAGCAUCGACGAAAACGUCGAAACUUAUCGACCAUAAAGAGAGAAGGAGAGGGAGAGAGAGAGAGAGAGAGAGAGAGAGAAGGAGAAAGAGAGAAAGAAAGAAAGAUAGAACUCGAGAUAGAGAGGACUCGUGUUCGAGAGAUAGAGAGAGAACACUCUAUCAUCUUCUGGCUUUCAACACUUUUGCAAGCUCACGAAAAUCCUUACGUAUGUGAAUUUUCAUAAAUUUUCUUCGAGAAACGAACGGAAAAGUUAAAAAAAUAUUGUUGAUUGUGAUAUCGAUCAUUUCGUGAAUGUUAAAACCACCCGUGAUAAAAGAUUAUGCGACGUGAUUUAUUCGAUUUAAAUGACGUUUUCUUUUUCUCUCUCUUUCUUCUAUCCCGUUCGUUCUAUCUUAUCGAUAGAAUCAAUUUGAUUUAAUUAUUACGUUACGUAAAAGAAAUAAUUAGAUGCAAGAGCGACAACGAUUGAACGGACUGAUGAUGAUGAUGAAGAUGAUGAUUCUUAUCAUCGAUAAUCGAUUAUGUUUCGAUAAGAUUAUUAUCUAGUCGUAGGAUCGAUAUUUAAUCGAUCAGACAAAGCGAGUUCGAGACGGAGAAUGGACAGAGGGUCAUGGGCACCAUGCAGAGAAGAGAUAAGGGACGAGGACGAAGGGACGAAAAGGGAAGUCAAAUCGAUAUAAAGAAAUUGCGAAGGGAGAACGAGCAGCUGCGAAGAGAGAUAUGGAGCCUACGGGACGAGUACGAUAAGCUCGAAGAGAUACUAAAAAGACAAAAGAAUCAACCUGAAAGCGACGAAUCCGAGGAUCGCUCAGAGGAGGAUGACGAGGAGGAACUGCAUUCAGAUUAUUCUGACGAGAACGUGCACGAGGAAGAACCCGUGGGAGCCAGUGAUGAUAAAGAUAGGAGAACGCGUUUACGGGAUCGCGAGGAACAAUUAGAGAACGCGGAGAAUCAAAAGAUAUCGACGGAAAAGAUGAACGGUAACAAUAAUAACUUGUUGCACCGUUUGCACGUUGAUUUCGACGAUCUAUCGGUGGUAGACGAGGAAGAGGAAUUGAAAAAGGAUAAGGAUAAAAAGUUUGAUAAUGUCAUUACAACGAACGAGGAAGGAAAUCAAAGGAAAUCGAACGUAAGAUUAUUCGAAACAAUUAGAAAAUUACACGACAAUAUACCAUUUUAUCCGGGUACAUACGAAUCCUGUCAAGGUUAUACAGAACCAAAUUAUUUCCCGGAUUGUCCAUUGUUCGAGUGUCCCAAUACGAUAGUCGAUCAAUCGAUACCUGGUAAUAACGUAUCGACGGUUAUACCUUUCCCCUGUCCAAACCUAUACGCGGAUCCAUUGAUACCCCUUAGCAAUAUGGAUUCAUCAUUAUUAAAUCCAAUGAACGAUAAUAAUCAUCUAUCGGAUAUCCACGUUGUACCGCCUAUCGGUUGGCAAAACAAUAUGUUAGUUUCGGAAACGAAGCAAUUGUCAAGUUAUACGAACGUAUUGUCUACCGGUAUAUCGAAUGCGACUAUGGGAAUCUCCGAUUUCGAAAGAACGUCGCAAAUGGGUACUACCAAUAAUACUCAAAUUAUCGGUAACAAUUCGAAUCUAACGAUAGAUAAAAGUCAUUUCGAUUCUACGGAAAUUCAAGGUAAACAACAAUUUUCUAAAGGAUUGUUCGAGGAUUCGUCGUUGGCCAACGACGUAUGGGAUGACGUUGAGGUACGAUCGAUUCAACAAAAUAAUCUGGAAGAUAAUGAAAGAAAAAUAAUUGGCGAUUGUAAUAUCGAGAACGAGGAGAAAGAUUCCGACGAGCCGUACUCGUACGGUGGUACUACUGCGGAAAAGCGAAAACAUUUUUUCGCUCCGUUGGCAACGUUGAAAUCGAAGAAAUUACUAGACGAGGAUUCACCAAAUAUCACUGGUAAUAAUUACUUUGGUACUGGUAACAGUUCGAGUAGCGGUAAAACAGUAUCCACGGUUAUUUGCGGUGGUAACAAUAAUCAAUUGUUAGGAAACCAUAAGGGUUCCGUUGAUGUUUGCGUGAACGGUGCUGUCUCCUAUGGGAAUAAUUUCGUUCAAACGAACAAGGACGACAUACAGAGAACGUAUCUCAGUACGGAGAAUCUCUCAAUCAUCAAAUCUAUUCCGAUCAAUAAUCAAUUGAUCAAAUCUAUGUCGUGUCAGGAUUUAACAAGCGACAAUCAAAAUAUGAUGACAAAGAUCAACAAUAAUAACGAUAUAGGACAGAUGACGAUAAUGACAAAGAGCGACAAUACCUUGGACAAUUUUAACAUCGACAAUUCGACGACUAAGGCAUACAAAUCGCAUUUAAACGUGACGUUAAAGAUACCACGUAAGGAACGUGAUAACAACGUUAAUACACCGGAGAUCCCAAAGUUACCUACCUUGGAUUAUAGAAUUCUAACGAAUCCAUUUCUACGUAAUAUCGAACGAACCGGUUUCGAGUGUCCCGAACGAGAUUCUCCAUUGACAAAACCACUUACCGUUCAAGUAAAUGAAAAUAACAUGAAUUACAAUUAUCCAAAUUCGCCGUUGUCGUCGUUACCGCUACCUCCGCCACCGCCUCCUUUGCCACCGCCGCCACUGCCACCGCCAACGAGUUUUGCUCGAGGACUUCGACCUAGCGAAAGAUAUCGUAGAAGGCAGGAUAACAUUGUGACGACCGAUCAGAAUCGUUUGUUGAUUCCUACCGAUCAAUUGAUCUCUAAAAAAAAUCUAUCCCCGUCUACGCAGGACUUUCAAGUUACGUCCUUCGAAAGGCCGAGCCCUCAUACCCUCUUACCAUCGGCUAUGCCGUACGAUCUUGAAACCAUACGUAGAAUAAACGCGACGCGUUAUCUGCAGAAUCAAAAUCAGAAUCUUUAUCAGAACGUACCGUUCGUACCGGCCGGACCGACCGGUCACGUUUGUCACAACAUUAGAAUGUAUUACGAUCAGAUUAAGAACAAGGUACAAGCGCAAACGCAAACCUCAAUCGAUGGUGACUCUCAUAUAGAGGACGAACAGAUUGUUCGAUGUUCGCGUCAGGAUGAUGAUAACGUAAGUCUGCCAAAUACGCCGAGUGUGAUUAGACGAAAACGCGCGAUAAAGAAGGAAAAAUUCGUAAUUAAACAAUCGAUAUCGCCGCACGCUCAAAGGAAAUUGAAAAAGCAGAGCAGCGUUACGUCGACGGAAACUAUGCCGGAUUCACCUGACAAAUCGGUUAGAUGUCAUAGGCCAAGGAAACUCAGCGUUACCACUACGACGACGUCCGAUGCCCUCGAGGAUAAGAACGAGAGUAGAUCCUCAUCGUCGGGACAAGAUUCACCGAGGAAGGAUCAAAUUAGACGGGUAUCGUCUUAUUUCAAUCCUAAGAAACGACCAUCCGUAACGUCGAUCAAAACAACCAGAAGCGCCAGCUUGGAGACCACUAGCAAGGAAAAAUAUUCCGACGGUUUGAUAACCGCUAAUUCUGAUAAGGAAAUGUUUAAUACCGGAAAUAUCAGGGACAGUCUCGUUAAAUCGAGAAAAGGUAGUACCAGCAGUGGAAGCGUACCCUGGUGUGCCUGUUGGGGUAACGGUUGCAUUUGAUUUCAAUUUAUUCGAGCUACGUAUGUACGUUUAUUUUUCCUUAUAUCGUUCAUUUUCUUUUCGUCGUCGUCGUCGUCGUCGUCGUCGUCGUCGUCGUCGUCGUUGUUGUUUUUGUUUUCGUUUAUGUUGUUGUCGCUGUCGUUAGAAUAAAAUUCGAGAUAUAUCUUAAAGAGAUCAUUGACAUUGUAAUUCCAUUGUUAGAGUUUAAGAAAAUGCAAAGGAAGUUUUUGAAUUCGAACGGAAUCAUGAAUACCAUUUUAAAAAUAGUUAGAAAGGGUUUGCCGUUAGACAUAUAUACAAAUGAAAACAUGGAAAAUCAUUCGACAUUCAAAUAUACUAGAGGCGGCUUCGGUUACGACACCGAAAUGGGACCACGAUAAAUUCAACAACGACGAGAGUAAACUAACCUCAACUAACCUCAACUAACCUCAACGUCACUUUACAAAGUAACUUUUCUAAGUAUAGGUUAUAUUCAAUGCGCACGUAUAUAUUACGUACGUACGUAUGUACGUACAUAUUUCACCUAACGUGAAAUUGUGAAUAAAGUGUAUCAUAAAAUCAACACCGCACCUAGAUAUUAACCAUAAAACUAAUCUCGAAUCUGUGACUAGUUCGCGUCCGAAGUGAAUCGCAAACGCGUGUGCGUUUCUGUGUGUGUACGUGUGCGUUUGUCGAAACUUGCGAACAACUAUUACCGUGAAAAUACGAAUGAGAGUUUUGGAAAUAAGGAUCAAAGACCUUGUUGAAGAGUGUGAAAAUGUGAAAAAAAAGUUUUCAUGAGAUUCUGCUCUUUAUAUUUUACAAUUUACCAUAUAUAAAAUCUAAUAUUAUUUUAUAGCCGUAAAUGCGUAAGUGAUAUACAGUAUGUAUGUAUCUAGGUACACGUAUAUAUGUACUGGUACGUCAUAACGUAGAAUUUAAUAUUUGUUCUCCCUGAAGAAAAAAAAAUAUUCUAUGCAUUUAUGUUACUGAUAAUUUUAAUGAACUUUAUAGAGUAAUCAAAUAGGAUAGAAAAAAAAUUAUUUUUAUGUUAGAAUUAAUAACCUUCUCAUUUUAUACUUUGGGAACAUUUGAUCGUGCAAGUAAAUACGUGUAAAGAUAUCCAAAAAUUGUAUUCAUUCAUUUAUUCGAGUUCCAUUGAUCAAUUUAAUUCCCUUUCACUUUGUUCGCUUUAAUGCUCUACAAAUACGAAUACGAAUACGAUACGAUCGAUCGAUCGAUCGAUCAUCAAUAAAUCAAAGUUAUCUCCCAGUAGAAGUUGGAUUUUGGUGGAAGAGGAUUAUGUCCUUCUAUAAUCCAGAUCAUCGAUAAUUUGUUUCAUCACUAUGGACCAGGGUAAGAUCGAUCUCGGCGUACCGAAAUUUAUUAAUGUUCACCGACGUGAACGAGAGGAGUACUUUAUGCCCGGGGAAAAGUUACCGUAGGAACAUCCGGCUUGAAAACUUCGAGAGAGUACCGUUAAAACUUCCUUCUCCCUAAAGUUUCACUGCGGAAGUUUUCGUUUCCGCUUCAUUAU